GCCGUUUCCAUGGCGCAAAAUGGCGGCCGGGCGCGCGUCCCGCCGGCGGCGCGGCCUUGCCUAGGGCGCCAUGGCGGCCGCCCUCCUCGGGGCGCUGGUGCUGCUGCUGCCGGCGGCUCCGUGCCCCGGGCGGCGGGCUCGGGGGCCCGUCUUUCAGCCUUCCUUUAUCCAUAUGUCUGGUCCUAGGGUCAAUGCACUUUUUCUUGGAAAUUCUUCAGAGGUUAAUUUUUCUUUAAUUUUGAGCACUAUAGAUGAAGAGACAGGAAAACUGCAACGUUCAAACUGCAGUGGAAGUAGAAGAGCUGGUGACUGGAAUUUGAAUGUAACAGCUGGUGUGAAUACAUCCAAAGUGACCAUAAGCUUGUCUAGAAACCUGCAGUUGUGUUUGCCCAAUGCUACUGACUGCUGCACAAAACCUCUCUGCGUGGUUGAAACACUUCAGAUUUUAGCUUGCCAUGGUUCAGUGAUGUUGGCACAUCUCCUGAUUCAAGCUGAAAUAUAUGCCAACUCUUCCUUUGUAGGAAAUAUGUCAGAAAAUGCAACUAUCAUCCCUAACCAGGCAUUUGAGCCCUUAGGCUCUUGUCCUUGUGAUUUGACAGCAGGAGCUUGUGAUGUUCGUUGUUGCUGUGAUCUGGAAUGUACGCCAGACUUGAAGCAAUUAUUCUCUGAAUCGUGUUUCACUGGAGUGUUUGGUGGGGAUGUAAACCCACCUUUUGAUCAGCUGUGCUCUGCUAGGUCAAUGGAAAAUACUCCAGAUUGGUUUCCUUUCCUUUGUGUACAGUCUUCUCUUGACAAUACACCAUUUCUUGGUUACUUUUAUCAUGGCUCUGUUUCUACACCCCGACAGCCUUCAUUUAAGAUCUCUUUGCAAAUGUCUUCUGGAAGGCUUUUUACUGGCUACAAACAAGGAGAUCCAAUUAUGACAGAAGAAAAUGACUAUUUUACCAUCCCCCAGCAGUCCAUGGCUGGACAAUGUGUUGGAAAUGCCCCUGUAGCGUACUUCCAGAACUUCGAUGUCAGGUGCCUUACUCACUUAGCAUCUUAUGGGGAAGGACUGCCGCAUGAUGUGAGGAUAAACAGUGGUACUGGAGACUUUAUCCAACAAAAUGUGAUUUAUGAUACCAUCACUGACAUAGACAAGUUCAUCACUAAAAGUGAAAGCCCUCCUACCACUGAGGUUCUAUGUAAAAAUGUGACUUUUGCAGAACAUUAUAAGUUCAUUUGUAAAGGCGAGAACAUAAAGGAAAUAAAUGUCACAGCCUUCCUUGGAAGCUUAUGUGAUGGAGAAAUACUGACACAGAGAUUCACAGUCAAAUUUGUAAGCUUAAAUAGUAUUAAUGAAACAGAACUGUCGGGGAAUCCAGGUUAUCAAAUUGGAAAACCAGUGAGAGCUGCAAAUUUGAAUGCUUCUGAUACUUUUGCCAGUCUAAAACUUUGGCAGCCAGCUGGCAGAGGUUUAUGUACAUCGGCAACUUAUACACCAGUUUUAUUUGGAUUAGAUUCAUUCUCUGGAUGCAUGCUAGAAGUCGAUAUUAAUGAAGAUUGCAGCCUUUUAAGAGAAAAUGUAACUGAGAAAUUGAAUUCAUUAAUACAAGCUACUCACAUUGGAAAGAGGGGCAACUCGAAUUACAGUGAUCUAAAUGACUGGGUGGAAAUAAUACGCCUAGAUACAUAUAAUUCUGAUACUAAUAUGAGUGCUGGAAACUUGAAAGGCAUUUGCUCAGAUAUUCCUGCAAAUCUAAAUAUUCGAAUAAUCAUUGCUGAUGUGGGUGCAGUUCAAGGGAUUCCCCAGCAAGAGAUACUUGCUAUGCAAAUCAGUUAUUCAACAGUCAUAUGGCAAUUCCAAUGUGGGCUUACCUGUGAAAAUGUGAACUUUCUUCCCAUCACUGCUUCUGUUCAGUUUAUUAAAGUGCCAGCUCAGCCACCCAUUCCAUUGACAAGAUUUCAGAUUAAUUAUACAGAAUUUGACUGUGAUCGAAAUGAUGUUUGCUGGCCACAACUUUUGUAUCCAUUGACACGGUUUUACACAGGAGAACCAUAUUCCCAAAGUCUUGCUAAGGGCCUGGCACUGGCAUUUCUCUUCUUACUUGCAGCAAUUAUGAGUAAUCCUUGGUUUCAAAAAGUAUGGAGUAAUAGUUUGGUUUAAAAAUGCUGAUGUAAAGAGGACUGUUCUGUUAAUAUUUUAGUAAGUAAUUUUGAGGUAAAAUUUGUGGAUGAAUAUUCCUGGAUUUUAUAGACAUUUUAUAUAAACAUUUAAAAAUAUACAAAAUGAAUAUUCUGUGUACAGAAAAUGGUUGUAUUAUUUUAAAUAAAAAGUAAAAAAAUUGAUUUUAAAGUCUGUAUAUGGAGCAGCCAUAAUGCAGAUUUGACUUAACAGGGCGAAGCCUGCGUGACUUGGCACUUGGGUUGGCCUACUCUUAGAAGGUAAUAACGUGAGGAAUACCUAAUUAGAAGGACUUUUGUCUUGUCAGCCUUGUUACCUUUUUCUUUUACUGCAUAUGAAAAUGACAGUUUCCAUAUUAAAU